CAAAAAUACAUUUUCAGACCAGUGUCAAUUUGGGUCUAAAGCAUAAAAGAACUCUUCACAUCUCAACAACCAAAACAUACGGAGCUCCGACCAGAUUUAGGGCAACUCUCUUCAUCCUUCAAAACCGAAUCCAUGAAGCUCCCCACUUUACAGGCAAGUACUCAUCUCUACACUCUUCGCUGUGAUUGAAAGCAUAUUAUAUAUAUAAUACAUCACUGUGUUUCUUCAAUAAAUGACUAUAUAUAUCUGCAAAAGUCUCAUCUCUUUAUCUCUCAAGAACUCUUCACAUCCCAACAAAACCCCAAUCUCCCUUUUAUCUCUCCUCUUCUUCUCUUCCUCUCCAAAACCCCCCAUUGCAGUGGCCGAUUACUUGAUUGAUAGACACAAAUUUUCUGCUGAAACUGCUUGGAAAGUCUCUUCCUUCGUAAAGUAUCUGAAAAGGCCUGAAGAGACCGAUUCGAUUCUUUCAUUUCUCAAGGAAAGUGGUUUUUCGGAUACCCAUCUCGAGCAUGUCAUCAAAGUCGCCCCUUAUGUUCUCUCUGCAAAUCUUGAGCACACCAUCAAACCCAAAUUCAAGUUUUUUCUGGACUUGGGUUUUUCUUCCAGCGAUGUAGUGAAAUUUGUUUUGUCUAACCCAUCGGUUCUAAAUCGUAGUGUUGAUAAUCAGCUUGGCCCGUCGAUUCUAGCAUUGAAGAGUGUUUUGGGUUGGAAUAUGGAUGAUGUGUCUAGGGUUCUAAAGAAAUCUGGGUUUGGUAGGAUUUUGAACCAUGAUUUGGCGAAAACUUUGAUACCCAAUAUUGAAUUUUUGAAGAGUUGUGGUAUUAGUUUGUCGCAAAUAACUCGUUCUAUCUGUUAUUACCCAAGAUUUUUCUUGUUUAAACCGACGCGUAUUAGAGAAUGUGUCAAGAUCGUUGAUGAGAUGGGCUUUAACAGGGAGUGUAAGACGUUUCUUCAUGCCAUUCAGGUUAUUAGUAGAAUGUCUAAAGAGACUUGGGAGUUGAAAUUGGAUGUCUUUAAGAGUUUGGGGUUUUCCGAAGAUGACAUUUUGUCAGUUUUUCGGAGACAGCCUAUGGUAUUUGCUGUGUCAGAGAGGAAAAUUAAGGAGAUAACACAGCUUUUCCUUAGCACUGGCAAAUUUGAUAUCUCAUUGGUUGUUAAGAACCCAGAUUUACUUAUUCUCAGUGUUGAAAAUAGGCUUAAACCACGGCUAAGAGUUAUGGAGGUUUUGGAAAGGAGGAAUUUGCUUCUUAAAAAGCCAAGUAUGAUGACUGUAUUCCAGAUGACUGAUAAGAAGUUCUUGGAGAAAUAUGUAAUCCCUUAUUCAGAUGAAGUUGGUGAAUUAUUCGUGGUUGAGAAGGCCUCAUUGACAGCAGAAAUAUGUGCUAACACCUAGAGGCGGACUGAAUCUUUUUUUCCUAAAAGCAACGACUUGGCGGCAUAGCAUGGCAGGCGGUGAUUAUCAAGUAUCUGCAUGUAUAGCCGUGAUCUUAUUCUUCAUUUUUAAUUCUUGAUUGCAGCAAAUGUAACAAAAUUUUGAUAAUUUUUUUCCAGCUCGACAAGUAAUUGAAAGAGUUACAAAACCAUUUUCUUAGUGGAAUAUUUGAUGUGAGAAAUCAAUUGGAACACUUUUAAGGAAUGAAGCAUAUGUAAUGAUACAACCAAGUAUUGAGUUUACAAUAUGAACAAUGUGGUGGCUCAAGAUCAUAUGGGCUUGCCAGGCUUGGCUUGUCCAUUUAAUAGAUUCAUUUUUUGUUUCCUGUUUCUUUUCUUGCCUGUUGAUUUUUUUGUUUUUUUUUUUUUUUUUAUUAUUUAUUUUUAUGGUUCUCUUUUCCAAUUCUCUCCCCUUGAUGAUGAUUAUUAUGUUGUGAAAUUUAUUUACUCUACCGAAAGGGAAAACAUUUAUGUUGUC